AUGUGCACUGGAAAGUGUUCAAAGUGCAUUGGGGUCGUGUUGUUCCCAUUAGCUGUAUGUGCCAUAAUCUCCAAUCUUCUCCUGUAUUUCCCCAAUGGAACUGUUAUAAAGCCCGACCAGAUAACUGAUUUGGUCUGGUUUUUCCAUGGCAUUCUUGGAGCUGGGAUACUGGUUAUUUUGCCAGCAUUUAUGAUGCUGGGCGCAGGUGGAGCUGGAUGUUGCGCUAACAGAUGUGGGAUGCUGCUCUCUGUGCUGCUGGCUGCACUGGGAGCUGCAGGAGGGGUAUAUUGUGUGGUCAUCUCAUCCUUGGGAUUGAUUAGUGGGCCUCUUUGUGACACUGGUGAUGGAGAAUACAUCUACCCUUUCCGGAAUGACACAUUGACAGACAAUUAUUUGUUUAAUCAGACAACAUGGAGCAUUUGCAAAGAACCUGAAAACGUCAUUAUGUGGAAUAUUGUCUUGUUCUCUCUUCUCUUGGGGAUUGGUACAAUUGAAGCUGUUCUUUGCUUUAUUCAAGUCAUCAAUGGACUUAUUGGAUUCAUAUGUGGCACAUGCAUGAGGAAAAGAAAGAUCCUGAUGGGAACCUUGGCUGUGAUCGUCUCCAAAGGGAGCUAG